AGGAAAGAUAAUCUUUUUUAUCCUUUUGCAUCGAGGAACGAGUGGGAAGUCGCCGAUUUUCUUCUUCAGUCCUCCCUCAGUAUGGUGGCAAUCAAUGAAUUUUUGGCACUCUCGAUGAUUCGCGAACUCAAACUAUCUUUCAACAAUGCUAAAGAAUUACGAAGCCAUGCCGAGAUGCUCCCCAAGGGACCGAGCUGGAAAUGUCAGCUCAUUACCUCGCCCCAUAGCAUGAAACACCCGAUCCGACUAUUCUGGAGGGAUCCUGUUGAAUGCUUAGAGAGUCUGUUCAGCAACCCCCUCUUCCAUGACAAGCUCGACUUUGUCCCUCGUCGCGUGUACACUACUGCAGCACGGGUUCUGCGCAUAUAUUUGGAGUGGCUGACAGGUGAUUUUGCUUGGGAUAUCCAGAACCAACUACCUAGAGGCGCUACAAUCCUUGGGACUGUACUAUCUUCCAACAAAACAAACAUCACCACUAUGACUGGUGCCAGGGUCACUCAUCCACUUCUUCUAGGCCUUGCGAAUAUCUGCAUGCACACUCACACCAAACUCUCAUCUAGGGCAUUCCUACUUACAGCUCUCCUCCCUAUCUCACAGUAUUUGCACCCAAAUCAAUGGAUGCGGGGCGUGCUUGGAGACUGCCUCAUACAUGAGUGUCUUGUCAUUGUCUUGAAACUG